AUGAUUUCUUCUCCGGCUCUUCCCCGCAGAGUGGUCCAGUUCCUCCUGGUUGUGGUUCUGGUCAUUCUCUUCUUCCAGGUCAAGUUGAACUGGCAUCGAGAGAACAACGAUAUUGAAAUCACCAUCAAUGGGCCUGUUCCGGAAGAACAGUACUUGGAGCGACUGAGACAAAAGAUUGGUCUGUCAAGUCAGACUUCAUGGACUGCCUGGAGAGUUCGUACCUCGGAGCUGGACUCUGGGCGCACAUCGAUCACGGAUAUCGACAAAGACUUUCAUUCAAAUCACCCUCGAGUUAUCGAUACCAAGGAGCCUGAGAGGAGGAAUCUGGUAGCUCGUCAGGAACUUACUCUUCCUGUUCUUGGAGGACCACGACCCAAGCAGGUCGACGCCUCUGCCUUUUUAUUCGCUGUUUCGACCACUUAUGAUCGAGUCGUUAGAGAUGACUACGCUGUUGCUAAGGAUUGGGCGAGAUGGAUGACAGGUGGAAACAAGCAUGGAAAUGGGGCUAGUUUCUUGCUUGUUCUUGAUCAGGGACAUCACCAGCAGGCCGACAAACUCAACCAAGUUCUUGCGUCCUAUGGUAUUGAUGCUCACGUCACUUACUCCGAGGGCCAGAUGUCUACUGCAAAGAGAUACUUUAACAUGAUUGAAACGGUCAAAAAGCAGAGUGCUACACUUGCUCAAAAGGGACAGAUGAAGAAGUGGUACGGAAUUCUGGAUGAGGAUAUCUUUCUUCCCAAUCUAUCUCAUCUUCAGGAACGCCUUUUCUCGUUCAACUCUGAGAAGGACCUUUACGUCGGCCUACCAAGCGAGAGGGGAGAUUGGGCUAUUGGAGAGGGUUACAUGACUACCUACGGUGGAGGAGCCGUCUUUCUUACACGCUCUGCUGUUUCGAAAAUCCCAGAGUUACCGUGUUUCAACGACGUCCCUUCUGACCCAGCCAACACACAGCUCUGGGAUAACCUUCUCCAGGACUGCAUGACCAAGGACACCAAGACCAAGAUGCGUAUCCUUCCGAGCUUUUACUCACCCAAGGACAACGACUUGUACUCUUCGCACUUGGACAGCUACGAGACGGGAGUCCAACCCCUGGCUCUGCACGACUAUGAACAGCGCCACCACCUCACACCCAGCCAAGCACAUCUCGUCACUGACGUUUGUGGUGAAGCUUGUUUCCUCCAACGCUACCGGUUCCGCGACAACUGGGUUCUCGUCAACGGCUACACGAUAACAGAGUAUCCCGAUGGCAUACACGUGUCCGACAUGCCUCUCCCUACCACUGGCAGUACUCAUCGCUCUCUCAUCGGGCCCGUGAAACUCAAAGAAGACAAGGCUGAUCGAAAGAUGCUUUUCUGGACGGGACGACGCAACGUGUGGAAGUUGAUGGACUCUGUUACAACGCCCAACGGUGAUGUGUGGCAGGCAUAUGUCAAGAGAGGUGCCCUGGACGAGCCGGCUUUGAAGAAGAGAUGGGGUGAAGAGGAGGGAGAGACUAAAGACAGUGUGAUUGUUAUGGUAUGGGAAGCAGGAAAUGAUAAAUGA